AUGCUUUUAUUGAUGAAAAAUACAUAUUCAUAUUGUUUCGAACAAAUUAAUCAGAAUAAUCCAAAUCAUAUUGUCUUAUUUGGUAUCAGUAGUCAAAUUUCUGAUUCAUUUUGGAAUUCUGAUACUAUUAAUAUUGACGAUUUAUGGCAAAAGACAGAUCAACGACCUGAAACAACAUAUACAUGUGAUCCUGCAUUAAAUUCAAAUACGUAUAACGGGUAAUAAUGAACCUCAACGUUGUGAUAGAAUUUUCUUUCGAUCGUCAAAUCAUCAAUUUAAACCUGUUCACAUAGAAUCACAAGGUAUUUAACAUACCAAAACGUCAGAUGUUAUUUUUUUAUGUGCUCAUUGGGCUAUUCAAGGUUAUUUUGAUGUUGAUAAUUAAGAUAUUUACAAAUUUUUAUUGAAAUAAAUAAAUUAUUCAAGCUUCUCUCUUUUUUACUAGCAAGAAAAGAUUAAAAUCUUAGUCAUCGGUUUAUAUCGUAAGGAGUGUGAAGUGUUAACAUUGGUUUUUUGUUCCAGAGUAUAGACAAUAAAACUAAGUCUUUUUCUGAAUACACUUCAAAAGAAUAACAACUAUACCUUGUCUGAAUAUAAUAAAACAAAUUAUCAGAACUAUUCAAAUCAACAUUCUCUAAUAUAUGUUGAAUAUAUUAAUGAUUAAUUGACAAUUACUGUUAAAACGGUCAACCUGAAAGAUUUUUAAUUGUUUUAUACUUCGAUAAGUAUUCUCUAACACUGAUAAGAAUAUAACAUUUUUGACAUGUAUUUUUACUCCUUA